CCAUAUCAGUGUGUGGAAUGUGGAAAGAGCUUCAGGAAAAAGGACACGCUCACUUCCCAUCAGAGAAUUCAUACAGGGGAGAAACCGUAUCAGUGUGUGGAAUGUGGAAAGAGCUUCAGGAGAAAGGACAAGCUCACUUCCCAUCAGAGAAUUCAUACAAGGGAGAAACCCUAUCAGUGCUUCGAAUGUGGAAAGUGCUUCACUCAGAGCUCCCUUCUCACUUCCCAUCAGAGAAUUCAUACAGGCGAGAAACCCCAUCAGUGUGUGGAGUGUGGAAAGAGCUUCAGUAGGAGCUCCUCUCUCAUUUUCCAUCAAAGAAUUCAUACAAUUCAUAAACUCUAUCAGUGUGAGGAAUGUGGAAAGAGCUUCAGGAACAGCUGUAAAAUCACUAGGCACCAGAGAAUUCAUACAGGGGCGAAACCCUAUCAGUGUGUGGAAUGUGGAAAGAGCUUCAAUCAAAAGGCCAAUCUCACUUCCCACCAAAUAAUUCAUACAGGGGAGAAACCCUAUCAGUGCUUUGACUGUGGAAAGAGCUUUAGUCACAGCCAGAGUCUCACUUCCCAUCAAAGAAUUCAUACAGGGGAGAAACCCUAUCAGUGUGUGGAAUGUGGGAAAAGCUUCAAUACGAGCUCCAAUCUGACUUCCCAUCAGAGAAUUCAUACAGGGGAGAAAUCCUAUUGGUGUGUGGAAUGUGGAAUGGGCUUCAGUCAAAAGACCAAUCUCACUUGCCACCAAAUAAUUCAUACAGGGGAGAAACCCUAUCAGUGUGUGGAAUGUGGAAAGAGCUUCAGUCAGAGCUCCCAUCUCACUUCCCAUCAAAGAAUUCAUACAGGGGAGAAACCCUAUCAGUGUGUGGAAUGUGGAAAGAGCUUCAGUCACAGCUUCCAUCUCACUUCCCAUCAAAGGAUUCAUACAGGGGAGAAACCGUACCAGUGUGUGGAAUGUGGAAAGAGCUUCAGCCAGAGCGGCAAUCUCACUUCCCAUCAGAGAAUUCAUACAGGGGAGAAACCCUAUCAGUGUGUGGAAUGUGGAAAGAGCUUCAGUCAGAGCUCCCAUCUCACUUCCCACCAAAUAAUUCAUACAGGGGAGAAACCCUAUCAGUGCGUGGAAUGUGGAAAGAGCUUUAGUCACAGCCAGAGUCUCACUUCCCAUCAAAGAAUUCAUACAGGGGAGAAACCCUAUCUGUGUGUGGAAUGUGGGAAAAGCUUCAAUACGAACUCCAAUCUGACUUCCCAUCAGAGAAUUCACACAGGGGAGAAACCCUAUCGGUGUGUGGAAUGUGGAAAGAGCUUCAGUAACAGCUCCAAACUCAGUUCCCAUCAAAGAAUUCAUACCAAGGGUGGAAAAAUCUUCAUUAUACAGCUUUCGGCGCUAGGGAAAAACUCACCUCUUUAACCAGGCCCUUGGCUGAUUAACAUCUAUUGCUCUUUUGAAUGUGGUGGUGAGGUCGGGGGUUACAGGUAAUGGGCUCUGUGUUUUGUCUUUUCAUAUUAUGAUUUUAUGUUGUAACCAUCCUGAGACCUCUGGGUGUAGGGAAUAGGAACCAACUCUUAGAGGGUGAGGGGUCUUUGCCCUCCCAUAAAAUAUUUGAGGGCGUCACCCCCCAGUUCCUAGGAAUUGCCAUUCAAAUGGCAUGCAUGCAGCACAUCAUGUGACUUUUUAACCGAGGUGGGGCUUAAUAAACCCCUUCUAUAUUUUAUUCAAGUUGGCACCCCUACUAUAGGGCGCUAUAGAAAUCAAAUAAAUGCAUAAAUAAAAUAAAACCA